AUAGGCAUUGUAACACUCCAAUCUUGUCUGGAUGAGUUCUCAAGCUCUGACAAAAGCCCCGAGGGCUAAGGAAACGUUACCUGCCGGUCCAAAUUCUUUUCCUUACCUCCUACCAAACACAAAAAAAAAUGGACGAACGUACUACCUUAGUCAUCCCUCCUCAAGAGCUGAAUGUACAAGAGCGGAGUUGUUCAGUCAGUUGCGAACUGUGGCUCGAGUCGGACCGCAUCGACUCGACAGCACAAAGAAGAAAUUGUUUCUUUUGGCAAACAACCGUCAGGCGAACGUUAUUAUCUCACUCACGCAAGUCAGCACAUCCAAAUAUACUUUCGAGUUCGUUUAGUGGCAUAAAUCAACUCUGCAGAGUAAAUUUUAUUUUAGCUGGCCUUUGUUUCUUAUUCACGGUGAACGUGCAGAGUCAAAAAAGGAGAUCCAGCACAGAAUUGGAAUCGGUCGUGAAUUGGAAAACUGAGCCUGUUGCGUGUGUGUGUGUGUUGCUGCAUCUGUUAUUUUUCCUAUAUUUGGCGUGAUGUUUACACACGUGCUGGAUUCAGAUUGCCGAGUUAUUCGUCAGUGAAAAACCGCAUCAAAAGGAAACCCGAACGAGACGACAGCAGCAACAGCAGAACUUGGCCAUUUCUGCAUUAUUGUCCGUCUGGUUAUAAGAGUGUGCCCAGCAGGAAAUACAGUUGAGAAGGAAAAAUGCAAGAACAUCACCCUCCUUUUCAUCUUCGUGGGUUAAUAAUGCUGUUGGCGAUCUGCCUAUCGUCUAUUGGGGUCACUCGAGUGCAGGGUCAUGGUCGCUUGGUUGAGCCUCCGUCAAGAUCCAGCGCAUGGAGGUACGGUUUUUCCACGGAGAAAGAUUACAAUGACAGUGAAGCUUACUGCGGAGGAUGGAACCGUCAACACCAGCGUAACGGCGGUAAAUGCGGAGUGUGCGGAGACGCAUGGGAUCUGCCCCAGCCUCGCUCGCACGAGCACGGUGGCCGCUACGGCCAGGGAGUUGUAGUUCGGACUUACAAGAUGAGCGCCGACAUCGAGAUUGGAGUCGAGCUGACGGCCAAUCAUCAGGGCUACUUUGAGUUCCGCAUAUGUGAGCACAAUUUAGCUAAACAGCCGGAAACGGACGAGUGUUUUGACCGACACCUGCUGCAAAGGGUUGCCAUCGAAGGAGCCGACGCCCAUAGCUACAGGUAUUUCCCAGGGGCAGGGAAUAAUGUCGUCUUUCGUUCAACUUAUAAAUUACCCGAGGGUUUAACGUGUAGCCAGUGCGUCUUGCAAUGGCGCUACUUCGCCGGCAACAACUGGGGCAAAUGCCCAAACGGAACGGAGAAGGUCGGAUGCGGACCUCAAGAGCAGUUUUUCGGAUGCGCCGAUAUCAGAAUUACCGAAGACGGCACCCACGAUUCGACUACAACUGCACCGAAAACGACAACAUCGACGACUUUUAAACCGAGAACAAGAGGAACUAUAACGUCGAGAUACACUCGACCAACCAAAACGCCGCAAUCUGUUACAUCCACGACGUCGACAUCAUCCGUGCAAACUGAAUCGACAACAACAACGACAACAACAACGACGACGACGACAAGGAAACCGACGACUCCCGAAUGGGAUCAACCCGUGUAUUAUUCCAAUUAUUUCAAUCCGGGAACGUACAUCGGAAUCAUCAUCACUUUGGCCACGCUGCUCUUCGCCAUCGUCUGCAUCAGCGGCACCAUUUUGUAUUUCUACUACUUUCACCAGAUCGUCAAGGAUUUCAUCGGCGAGCAGUGUCGACAUUUGCGAAGUCGAGUGAAUCCGUCCGAACGAAAAGCACCGCUCAAGCUUCCCGCUUCCGUUUUCGCCCAGCAAGAGCCUCCGCAGCUAUCGAGUUCGGGAGAUAUCAAACCGCCGGUUCCGCCGCGCGCAAUCCGUCGAAUUGGCGAUCUCCGUCUAUUGUCUUUGACAAUCAGCGAACCGCUGGAUGUCACCAUCAAUGGCGUUUCAGUGCCACGAGACGGUGUCAGUCCGACCGCGUCCGGCGACGUUGAAGAGAAUAAUUCGAGCUCGGCGUGAGCCAUCAAUUAUCGACUCGCUUUCUUCCCGUUUGUGUGCCGGAAGAGAAGCUAUCAUAGGCAAAUGUUAAAACACAACCACUAAAGUUCCUUUUCGAAAGGACCCUAGUUUAUUGGGGGUCCUGUUCUCAAAAUUUCUCUUCAUAAACCGUCUAGUAUUCUUCCCUUAUCUGUACAUUUCCCUCUCAUUUAUACUGUCGCCAACCGACAUUGUCUCAGUCGUUGUCGUUUGAACUAUGGGCUCUCAACAUGAUGGAUGUCAGAUGAUGAAUGUCAGAUUUCAAAUAUAAAAGUGUAAAUAUUUUAUUUCGUCGACGGUUUGGUGUAGUAGACGAUUCCCUUAUGCGAAUAAUGAUGUUCGACUUCCCAAAAAAGUAUUUGUAUUUUUGUUGGUGCGUGGUGACUAUUUCAGUAAUUUUUGCCAAUACCAAUUAUACACUCUAACACAGUGAAUUAAGUAUACACAAACCAUUUUGAUAGUCUUACAUCUUUGUGUCGAAAUAAUACAGUUAAUUUUAAUUA